AACACCGUCCAAGAGCCGAAUCGCUGGAAAGCGGCUGCUGCUGCCGCCGCGGGCACGUGCGGCAGUCGCACUAGUGAACCUGUAGCCGAGAAGCUGGACCAGCCGCCUUCGUCUGCGGGAGACGCCGCUGCUUUGAUACGCUGGCUGAGCCUCCGCCGGCACUUGCUCGGAGGUUCUCGAAGAUCUUCAAGACCGGCUUCAGAAGCAAACCGACGCAUUGAUUUCCCUCAGAUUUAUUUGAUUCAAUAUUUGAAGAGACUCAACUGCUAACUGAAACGAAAGAGAUUUCUUCUAUCUCUAAACAAAUUUUCAGAUUGGAGAAACAUGAGUAUCAGAGCAAAUAAUCUAUCAAUCAACCAUCCAUCUACUUAUCUAGAAGAAUAGAUAUAUAGCUGAUUCCUAAUGGUACAGAUAGGUACAAGGAGCUGGUCCAAAUGUAAUGCUAUUCCAGGUGCCGUAUUGCUAUAAGAGUAAUUUGAACUGUUUCAAGUUUAUCAGCUGAUGGAAGCCUCUAUGUGAAGCGAAGCAGAAUUGGGCCUGAUUAGAACUUUAAUGGACCGCUUCAGGAACAGCAGAUCAUGCUAAGAGGUCAAAAGAUGUCCAGAAGAAGACAAUAGGAACCACUUCUAUGAUGUUGCCAAUGAAACUGUUGUUUUCCAUAAAAUUUGACUUGAAGGAGAUUUAGAGGUACAGCUUCUAUUUGACAGGAAUGUGGAAAGCAGGCUGCAAAGAAGUUGCUAAAUAUACAUACUCAGCCCUUGAAGAAAUUCUCAGGGAACCUCAAAUCCCAGUUGAUUCCAAGAAAGCCAAGGGACUAGGGAUCUGCCAGCUUCUUCCUGUUCCUCAGAGCAAUUGGUGUCAAGGCAUGCCCUCUCCUGCGACGGAUUACUGGUAGGGAAAUGCCCAGUGGAAGUUCUCUGCAGCAUGCUGAGGAGACGUAACCUUCUCACCACAAUUCUGAUUGCUUUGCCAUGGGGUCUUCUCCUAACUUUGUGGCAUCAGUAUCCAACCACCCGCUAUCUGAGCCUUCUAAGAAAGGAAACAGAUGAAAAUGGCACAGCCAAGUCACUCUUCAAUGGGACAUCUCUAGCGAGGGAGGAUGGGCUUGCAUCAUGCACUCGGCAGCCUGCCAUUGGGACAGCUCCCAAAAUAAUCCGGAACUACGUGUACUCCAGGCCUCCCCCAUGGUCAGACACAUUGCCUGCAAUAUUUGUGAUCACACCUACCUACACUCGACCAGUACAGAAGGCUGAGCUGACCCGACUGGCAAAUACGUUCCUUCAUGUACAGAACCUCCACUGGGUAGUGGUGGAAGACUCUCCUAGAAGAACCAACCUGGUGUCCAAUCUACUGGAGAAAGCAGGGAUUCAUUUUACUCACCUGAAUAUCGAGACUCCUAAGAGCCUGAAAGUAGGUUUGUCCUGGAUUCCAUCUUACACUCCCAGGGGCACAUUCCAGAGGAAUCUUGGACUGCAUUGGCUUAGAGAAAGUUUUAGCACCACGCCAGUACCUGAAGGUGUAGUAUACUUUGCAGAUGAUGAUAACACCUAUAGCCUGGAGUUAUUUGAAGAGAUGCGCUACACAAAGAAGGUAUCUGUCUGGCCAGUUGCUUUUGUUGGUGGUCUCAGGUACGAAUCCCCCAAAGUGAGUCCAGCAGGCAAAGUUGUAGGUUGGAAGACUGUGUUCGAUCCUAACCGGCCUUUUGCCAUCGACAUGGCUGGCUUUGCCAUCAGCAUAAAACUGAUUUUGGAGAAACCGCAGGCCAGUUUCAAGUUGGAUGGCGUGAAAGGAGGCUAUCAAGAAACUAGUUUAUUAAAGGAUCUGGUGACAAUGGAUGGACUGGAGCCUAAAGCUGCCAACUGCACAAAGAUAGCAACUUCUUGCACACGUGUCUAUGAUCAGCAGAAUACUGAUACAACAAUCAAGAAUAAUAUCCACAUUUGUAUUGCAUUUACCAACUUCUAAGUUCUCUAAAAUCCGGGAAUAAAGAAACAAAGUCAAUUCAAGGCCAUUUGUUCUAUAUUCUAGUCAUUCACAACACAACUAAGAGGACCUGUUUCUUCAUUGUUAUUUCUGUGUUGGAAGACAUUUUUCAAGAACAGAAGCAUUUCUGUAAACAUCCCAUUUGGGAUACUGUUAAGAAAAGCCUAGUUGGAGUAAGGGGUGAAAUUUCUCUUUGCUAAUCCGCACGUUUGAAGCUUUGUUUUGCAAUAUGUAUUAAGACAUCAGCUUUUGCAAAUGUAGUCCAAAUAAUGGGAGUUCAAAAUGAACUAGUUCCUGCCUAGUCCCAGUGAAAUAUUCCAUACGAUUGCAAGAAAGAAAGAGUCACUCUCAGAAUUACUUAAAACCUCUUUUAGGCUUAGGAGUUCUUGUUUGAAAGAAUCUGGGUGGGCAAUUCUUGCUUGGAAGAUCAUGAAGACGUCUAUUGGAGAAUGAGAUAAGCAUCCGUUCCUUUUUUCAUACCCAAGCCAAGAUCAACUAGUUCCUCUUGAAUCUGAAUGAUAAACUGAAGUAGCAAGUUUGAGAACUUCAGCAUCAGCAACUCAACAUCAUGUCCUGUGGCUAUAUAGAUAAAUCUUUGUCAUGAGAAAUAGAGACAAUAAGAAGCACUCAGCUACUUAGUUCUCAGUUUGUGGGCAAUAUGUCAGACAGAACUAGUUAUGAUUUUACUUUUGGAACUAGAAAAUCUCAGUAUUCCUUUGGUCCAAUCUAGAAAGAUUUUUCUUUAGUCUUUGUAGCUUUGUAAAUAUCUAGCAUAUUCUUAAACUGUCAAUGCGGCUGCAUGAUGAAUUUCAACUCUAUGUGGAAUGAUACAGACUCCAACCAAGCCAUGCUUGGAGUGAAUAGACAAUGUUUACUUAUACUGAGCCAUGGACUCCUAGCUUAAUAGAUGUGAUGAAAGCAAAUUUUUUUAAAAGUAAUACUAAAAAGUGAACAUUCACAAACAGUAGGAAAAGCCACUAUCCCUAUCCCUAUUUUUUUCAAUUGUGAGCAUCAGUUGCAAACAGAAAUACUUAUUAGCAAUCAGCAAUCAUAUCUGCAGAUAAUAAAGAGUUGAUAGGUCAUCAGCAAGUUUGAAUUCAAAUGAGAAAGUGAGUGGGGAGAUAUAAGGGCCAAAAAUGUAAUGGCUGGUAAAAGCACAAAAAAAUUUUUUUUAAGGUGGGCUGUGCUCACUUCAAAAAAAACACCAUACUUUUGAUGUUUUGUAUGUGUUAAGUUCUUGUAACUGAAGAAACUGAAGGAGAACAUUUUCUAGCAACUGAGCCAAUUCAGAGUAUGAUUCUGAGAUAUGUCAGAACGUGUCUUUAUUUCUUGACUUAUUUAUAACAUAGGUCUUUUCUGCCUACUGUAUUUCAUUUGUAUUAACCUGGAUUGUCUGCUAUUUUUAUGGAGAAUAUUUUUAUUUCUCUUCCACCCUGUAUUCAUCUGAAACUCAACAGGGAAUUACAAUUUUUCUACUCACUGCUGAAAUGUCUAUAUAAUUUAAAGGAAAAAGAGACUAUGUGGGAGUUAAAGUUGACAGAAAAAGGUUGUCAAACCUUUCAAUUCACUUACCAUCUACUCCUUUGAGGGAAACCAAGAGUGUCAUCUCAUAAUAGAACUCAGUGGCCAGAAGAAUCCUCAGAAGUGUCUAAAAAUAUUACCUAGUUUUAAAAAAAAAUAGUUGAGAACUAAUUAUUAGAUCCCACCUUGCACCUAUUUAUGUUGAUAGUAAGAAAAAAAAGUAAAGUACAAAAAUAAACACUGCCAAAAAGGAAUUUGUUGGCCAUUAUCUUCUUCUGGGGUGUUUUGUUUUUAUUUCUACUUAGCAUAAGAUACCUUUAUUUAUUACUUAAUAAAAAUUGCUAAAUGACAUGUCAGAUUUGCCUGAAGCAAUAUAACCACAUAUGAUAAUGAGAUAUAAACUCCCAAAGAGAGGAGGAUCUUUUAGCACCAAAUUGAAGCUUCCAGAAUAGGCCAAAAAUUUCAACCUAGCCUAUUAACAAUAUUAAUACAUCACUUCCAUAUGCCCAACCUUCCAUGGAAACAAAUAUAUUUAUUAAAAUAUACCUGAUCAGAAGAAAGUUAUCCACCAGUCAUAAAAUUAAUCACAAUCUAUUUGGGCUAAUGGUUCAGUCUGGUAUACCCUUACUUUGGAGUCAGUGGUUGAGUUUGCCUAAAGAGCUCAGAUGUAGAAAGGCAGAGAGGACAAUGGGAAGGGAAUGAGGUGGAAACACCAGGAAGGCUAAGAUUCAUGGAAAUCUACUGAGCCACAGAGAAAAAGGAGCACAACUUGAAAACAGCUUCCAAACUUACAGCUGGUACCGUUUAACAUAUCUCAAAUUCCCAAAGUUCAAUCCUGACUUGCCUUUCUUUUGUGCAAUGUUGAAUGAUUAGCUACAAAAUGAAAAAAAAGAAGAAGUGUGUGGCUGAAGACAAAAGUUUUUUUCCACUUCUAUUACAACAAGGGAGCAAAUGGAAUUGGUUCAGUGAAAAGAAAGUUACUGGAACCCAGAGCUAUGUGAGGUGUGACCACAGCAGCCACUAAAGACGUAUUUAGAAGGGUGUUUGUAAAAUUUCCUGAGAAAUGUGAUGUGAAAGAAUUGAACUGUUUAAAAAGUACUGUACAGAAAAGCUCUUGGGUAUGUCACGGAGCCAUUGUUCUGAUCCGUGAAUUUCAUGAAUUGUUAAUACUCUGUAUUGUCAGAGAAAAAACAUAACACAAAAAAUCCACAAUACCAAUCAACGCCAAAAUAAGAAAGAGUGUUAGCAAGUCACUUUAAUGCUUAUUUAUGUUGACUAUUGAUAAAUAUAAAAUGAAAACAUCACAUGAAGAUAACUGGUAUCCUGUAUGUGCUUCUCUUGCUACAGCCUCUUGCCCAUUUGGUUUCAAUAAAGGAAAUAUGUUGGUAUUUCUUAUUUCCAAUAGUUCCAAGAACAACUUAUCACAAAUAGUUUGUUGGAUUACUGGAA